CUUUAAAUACCAGCUCACCUGACUGGUACGCUACAUUACUGAUUGUCAUUUAUUUAACUUGUCUUCACCCUCAAAGGAUUGCCAUUUGGAUUUACCGAGAUUGUUGACUUUUCAAAAGUAAGGAUAUUACUCAAACAUCAGAGCAAUGGAGUGGAGGAUUAUAUUUGCUGUUCUGUGCCUAUUUGCAGCUUCAUAUGUAACGGCUCAAAAUCCAGCACCUUCUAAUGGAACGGCCCAAAAUGCAACGGCCCAAAAUGCAACAGCUCCAAAUGCAACGGCUCCAAAUGCAACGGCUCCAAAUGCAACGGCUCCAAAUGCAACGGCUCCAAAUGCAACGGCUCCAAAUGCAACGGCCCCAAAUGCAACGGCCCCAAAUGCAACGGCCCCAAAUGCAACGGCUCCAAAUGCAACGGCUCCAAAUGCAACGGCUCCAAAUGCAACGGCUCCAAAUGCAACGGCUCCAAAUGCAACGGCUCCAAAUGCAACUGCUCCAAAUGCAACGGCCCCAAAUGCAACGGCUCCAACUGCAGCGGCUCCAUCUGCCAAUAGCACUACUCCAGUAGAGAUGAACUUAAGUUUCAGCAUUUCUGACACUUUCAAGAACGUUUACUCCGACUUGAGUAAUCCAGAAACCGUAACUUUCAUAAACGGCAUUACCAGUCAGAUUGAGCCAUUUUACAAAAAGCAUUUUCCAAAGUUUCUCAAGAUGCGUGUUAAGAACCUCAGGAGUGGCUCUGUUGUGGUAGAUUCAGCCCUUCAAUUUGAUAGCAAUAGCACUGCUCCUAAUGUGUCAGACGUGAAGCAAGUCCUUAUUGAUGCAGCUGCAAGUGGAAACCUGACCAUCAAAAUCAGCAAUGACACCAUCAACGUUACGGCACCUGCAACUGUAACACCCGUGACACCUACUAACGCCACAAAUACUACCUCAAAUACUGCACUGUUUACUUUAGUAUUCAGCAUUGUGGACACCUUCAACGACACCUUGUCAAAUAUGUCCUCAUCUGAUGCUACAACUCUAAAAACAAAAAUCAUCAAUCAGUUUGGUAGUGUUUUCAGGAAACGUUUUACAAACUAUCUGCAAAUGCUAAUUCAGAAAUUCAGCAAAGGCUCCAUUGUGACGAGCAGUUCACUUGAGUUUAACAGCACUGGCGGUACAGUUGCAGCAAAGGAUGUGGUCGACACAAUUAUCUCAGGAAUUAAAAAUGGAAAUUUCACCUUCAAUAUCGAUCAGAAAACCAUCAAAGUUACAGACUCAUCAGGAAACACGGCGUCCUCCAGUUCUCGAGUGAUCACUAGUAUGCUCACAGUUCUGUUGAUGAGUCUAGCAUCACUUCUGCUGUCAGGAGUGAUCAACCUAUAAGCACCACAUUCAUGAAGAAUCAAAGAAAAACUAUUCCUGCAUUGAUUACAUCAAAACAUAUUAUGAAUGAUCAUGUCAUCUUUGAUCUUUUACACUCAUUGCAUACUAUUUAGUUAGCAUUCAGAACCAACAACUUAUUGUACUUUGUGCACCACGUCAUAAGCUGUAACAGUUAUCUGAAACAGUAGUCUUAUAUUUAGAGCCAGGUAAUGUAUUGUAUGUCUGAUUAAUGACAUUUUGUUUAUAGCUCUGUUAUGUCUAUGUGUAUACUGAGUUGGAGAAAUAAUGAGGAUAGGUUUUUACAUUUACACCGACUCUGAACAUUCCUCCAUGCCACAGUAAUUGCACAAAUAAAUAUUAUAUAUAUAAAGAGAGAGAUGUAUUGUGUUAAAAUUUAGAAAUGGAAUUGUUUUGCUAUGAACAGAUUUAUUUAACCUUGAGUAACAGAAUCUUAAAAAUGUUGUGUACUUACUGUUUUAUGAGUUUUUUCUUUAAAUAAAGGGGAAAUCUUGUCCUUA